AUGGAGCCAUCAGACAAGGACCUAUAUCUACACAAAGGGUAUUAUUUUAUACCAGUGGUGUCCUCACCUGAAAAUAUAGAUUCAUUGGAAAGUUUUGAAAUCCGAGAUGAUGAUACAUUUAUAAUCACAUAUCCUAAAUCAGGCACAGUGUGGACUCAGAACAUUGUGAGCUUGAUUCUUUAUGAAGGUCAUCGAGAUGGAACUGAAAAUAUUAGCCUGUCUGACAGGGCACCAUGGCUAGAGUAUAAUGUUAAUCAUGUAGAUUUACCUAAUCGCCCAUCACCUCGUGUCAUUUCUUCCCAUCUGCCCUACUAUUUGGUACCCAAAGGAUUACGAAAUAAAAAAGGAAAAAUUGUUUAUGUGUUCAGAAAUCCAAAGGAUGUCUUGGUUUCUGGCUAUCAUUUUCUACAAAUUCUAACCAUGCUGGAAACAUCAAAAGACUUUGAUGUUUACUUGGAGAAGUUUUUGGCUGGCAAAGUGUGCUGUAGUUUAUGGCUAGACCAUAUAGAAGGCUGGUUCAAUCAUAAGGAUGAUUUCAAUAUUCUCUUCCUUUCUUAUGAAGAAAUGAAAAAGGAUCUGAGAAGUUCUGUACUGAAAAUAUGCAAUUUCCUAGGAAAAGAACUGACUGAAAAGGAGGUGGAUGUUGUGGUGCAUAAAGCUACAUUUGAUAACAUGAAGGCAGAUUCUAGAACAAACUAUGCAGUCCUGGAUCCUACUUUUACAGAUUCUAGCAAAGGGGUCUUUCUUCGUAAAGGCAUUGUUGGGGACUGGAAGAACAUCAUGACUGUUGCCCAGAGUGAAAGGUUUGACCAUGUCUUUAAGGAGAGGAUGGAAAAGCUGCCUUUCAAGUUCUGCUGGGAUAUUCAGGAGGAUCCAUAAGGCUAUUUCCAGCUCACUAGAGGAAAAUAAUGUCUGAUACACACCUUCAAAUAUCUUAAAUCAGAGAUGACCUUCCAAAAAUGGUCUUCAUAUAAUUUUCUAAUGUUUAAUUCUCAACUUUGCAGAGAUCAU